GCUUAUGAUUUUGUAUAAUGAAUAUGCUUUUAGUAAAGGUUUUGGUAUUAGGGUUGGGAAAGGUCGGAAACGUCAAAACAGUGAACUUUAUACUAUGAAACGGUUCUUGUGUAGCUGCGAAGGGGUUAAAGAUGAAAAAAGGAAGAGAACAAGGUCUUAUGCUAGAUUGGAUACGCGUACUGGGUGUACUGCUUUUGUUCAGUUUUCUAUUGGUAAGGAUGGUGUGUGGACGGUUGUGAAUCAUAAUAUGAUUCAUAAUCAUGCUAUGGUUCCUCUAAAUAAGAGGCAUUUGAUAAGAUCACAAAGGAAGGUUAGUAAGGAGGCUCUUUACUUUAUGUCUACUUUAAAAGCUAGUGGUGUUAAAGUGUCUGAUACCUUGAGGGUUUUGAGGAAAGAAGUAGGCGGAUCUCCUAUGGUUGGUUUUACAGCUAGUGAUGCUUAUAAUGCUUUAUCACGUGCAAAAGCUAAUAAACUUGAAGGUCAUGACUGUCAUCAGUUAAUCAAGUAUUUUGCUCAGAGAAAUUCCAGUGAAGAAGGUUUUUAUUAUGACUUUGAGCUUAGUGAAGAAGAUGGACUUUUAAGUUUCUUUUGGCGUGAUGGUAGGAUGAAGAGAGAUUAUGAUUAUUUUGGGGAUUUAUUGGUUUUUGAUACUACUUAUAGGACCAAUAAAUAUGAUAUGAUUUGUGCUCCUUUUGUUGGUAUGAACCAUCAUGCUAAUAAUGUUAUGUUUGGAAUGGGUUUUGUUAUCAAUGAAAAAACAUAAUCUUUUAAUUGGCUUUUUCAAACUUUCCUUACAUCAAUGGGUGGAAAUCCUCCAAUAACCAUUAUGACAGACCAAGCUCCAUCCAUUGCUGCUGGGAUAAGGAAUGUUUUUCCAGAUACUAGACAUAGAUUAUGUACGUGGCAUAUUGGGGAGAAUUCAAAGAAGCAUAUUGGGCAGUAUAGAGCUUUAGAUGGUUUUUCUGACAUAUUCAAUUAUCUUCUGAAGUAUUGUGAAACUGCUGCUGAAUUUGAAUAUCAUUGGCCAAGAAUGUUGACUCACUAUAAAUGCGUUGAAAAUCCAUGGUUGAAGAAUUUAUAUACAAUCAGAGAGAUGUGGUGUCCUGCUUAUUCUAAGAACUAUUGGUCUGGUGGUGUGUUAUCAUCACAGC